AUGCAGACGGACGGACAGCUGCACAGGGCUGUCCACACCUACAAGCAAGCUGGGCAGUGCCCGGGUCCCUCUCUCCUCCUCGCUUUGCUUCCUUCCUCUGGCGCGCGGUGGGACCGGAGCACGCCUGCCUCAGUGGCCUCUUUCUUUUCUGUCUUCUGUCUCGCAGCCUCACCUGUGCCCUUCCUUCCUCCGGGGUCCUCCCUGUCCUGUCAGGGCCCCGGCUCCGCUUCCUCUCCCCGAAGCCCCUGGCCGGCCUCGGCCUCGGGGUCGGACAGCAGCCUGCCCACUGCCUUGCUGCCGCCCCUCCUCAGCGACCAGGCCCAGCACGUGCACGCCCUGGGGACCUUCCACCUCUUCUGCCAGGCCACAGGUCCUGCAGACGUUCACUUCGUCUGGGAGAAGAACGGCCGUGAACUGGAGACAUGUGUCCCCACGCAGACCCACACGCUGCUCGACGGCAGGACCCACGUGCUCAGCUGGCUGCAGGACACCACCCGAGAGAGCGCCGAGUACCGCUGCUCCGUCCUCUCCUCCACGGGCAACAAGACCUCCAGAGCGUGGGUCACCGUCAGGAGACAUGAGGCGACCCACCAGGAGCAGUGGACCAGAGAGCUCGCUGCCUGGAGGGCUGUGGUCGGGGAGCACGAUCGCAUGAUGCGGAGCUGGAGGAAGGCGUGGGUAUGUGGCCAGGCCAACAGGGGCAGGGGCUGGCAGAGCAGCAGCGCCGCGCACAUGCCAGAGGCCAGGGCGCUCAGCAAAGGCCAGCAUCCCCUGCUGCAAGCUGUAAACGUCACGCUCUCCUGGCCCUCCCUGACCUCACCCCGCUCCACUGUGCCCCCACGGGCCACUUGCCUCUCAGAUGUGCGACACCCGACACAACCGAUCGCCCCUCACAGUGUGCUCAAGGCCAACGCGCUCCACUGGUUCCCCGCACGCGCCCAGUGGCGAAGGUCUGUCCUGCUGUCGCCUGGGUGA